CAUCGUUGCAAUUGUGGCUGGACUCAUAUUAAUCUCUAUUUUGAUAUUCUUCUACAUUAGAAGAAAAAACUUAUGGAGGAAGAAAACAAUGAAUGAUCAAAGUGUCGAUGAAUUUUUUAGGAAUUACGGAUCAUAUAUUCCAAAACGAUAUAAUUAUUCAGAUAUUAAAAGAAUGACCAACUCAUUCCAAGACAAACUAGGUCAAGGAGGAUACGGUGUCGUGUACAAAGGAAAGCUUUUAGAUGGUCGGCUUGUGGCAGUGAAGGUCUUGAGCGAGACCAAGGGACAUGGAGAGGAAUUUAUCAACGAAGUUGCUACCAUCAGUAGAACUUCCCAUGUCAAUGUAGUCACUUUUUUAGGUUUUUGUUAUCAAAGGAACAAAAGAGCUCUAGUCUAUGAACUCAUGAGCAAUGGAUCUUUGGACAAGUUCAUCUAUAAUGAUAGAUCUCCGGAUUCAGAUUGUCAUCUAGAUUGCAACACACGGUACCAAAUUGCAGUUGGUGUUGCUCGAGGGUUAGAGUAUUUACACCGAGGUUGCAACACAAGGAUUGUUCAUUUUGAUAUAAAACCUCAGAACAUUCUUUUGGAUGAUGACUUCUGUCCCAAAAUCGCUGAUUUCGGCCUUACUAAAUUAGGCCAGAGGAAAGUGAGUAUUAUGUCCAUGGUGGGUGCGAGAGGAACUGUUGGAUACAUUGCUUCAGAAGUAUUUUCGAGAAAUUUUGGAGGUGUCUAUCAUAAAUCUGAUGUCUACAGUUACGGAAUGAUGAUUCUUGAAAUAGUUGGUCGAAGAAAUGAUAUUGAAACUAGGACAUCCCAUUCAAGUGAAAAAUAUUUUCCCGACUAUAUUUAUAAGCAAUUGGAACAUGGUGAGGAUCUAAGACUCAACGGUGUUACAACAGAAGAGGAAAAGGAAACGGCAAGAAAAAUGACCAUAGUGAGUUUGUGGUGCAUUCAGACUAAUCCAGCAGAUCGGCCAUCAAUGACUACUAUAGUAGAAAUGUUGGAAGGAAGCCUUCAAUCCUUACAAAUUCCACCUAAACCCGUCUUAGCUCCUCCUCCUAGGUUGGAACAAGGUUCUUCUUCAUUAGCACAAAGUUCUAGUACAGACUAAA